AUGACAGAAUUUCCACACCUGUGGGCACAGGAGCAGAUCACAAGCUGGGUUCAGACAUAUGAGAGGGACAAACCAGUGAGUGUCUCCGAGUUCCUCCUCUUGGGACUCUCCAGGCAGCCCCAGCAGCAGCAUCUCCUCUUUGUGUUCUUCCUCAGCAUGUACCUGGCCACUGUCCUGGGGAACCUGCUCAUUAUCCUGGCCGUAAGCAUAGAUUCCCGCCUGCACACCCCCACGAACUUCUUCCUCAGCAACCUGUCCUUUGUGGACAACUGCUUCUCCUCCACCACCGUCCCCAAGAUGCUGGCCAAUCACAUACUCAGGACUCAAACCAUCUCCUUUUCUGGCUGUCUCAUGCAGAUGUAUUUUAUCAGUGAGCUUGCUGACAUGGACAAUUUCCUCCUGGCUGUGAUGGCCUAUGACCGCUUUGUCGCCGUGUGCCGCCCCUUACAUUACACAGCAAAGAUGACCCAUCAGCUCUGUGCCCUGCUGGUCACUGGAUCAUGGGUGGUUGCCACUUCGAAUGCUCUGCUGCACACCCUGCUGAUGGCUCGACUCUCAUUCUGUGCAGACAACACCAUCCCCCACAUCUUCUGCGAUGUGACUCCCCUCCUGAAACUCUCCUGUUCAGACACACACCUCAGUGAAGUGAUGAUUCUUACUGAGGCUGCCCUAGUCACGAUCACCCCAUUUCUUUGCCUCCUGGCUUCCUAUAUGCACAUCACCUGCGUUGUCCUGAGGGUCCCAUCCAGAAAGGGAAGAUGGAAAGCCUUCUCCACCUGUGGCUCCCACCUGGCUGUGGUUCUCCUCUUCUAUGGCACCAUCAUAUCUCUGUAUUUCAGACCUUCAUCCUCCCACUCAGCUCAGAGAGAUAUAGCAGCUGCUGUGAGGUUCACAGUGGUGACUCCCGUGAUGAAUCGUUUGAUCUACAGCCUGAGGAACAAGGCCAUAAAAGGGGCUCUUGUAAAAGUGGUUGCUGUGAAAUUUUUUUUCUGUUCAAUAAUGAUAUAG